GUUGCAUUUCAGAGAGCUCCGCCGUCUUCAUACACGGCAUUCGACCGCAACUCGUUGGAGUAAUCAGCUGAAAAUAGGACUGAAAUUCCUUUAGAAGAUUUUCAUGAUAUUCGCGGGUCCUGUAGGUUUUCUUCUAAUCUCUGCUGUUCUGAAAAAAUGACUUGUAAUGUAGUCAUAUACGACAGUUUUAAUCUCGCAGAUCUCGGCUCUUUGAAGACACCUACGAUUUGAGCAACGAAACGAAAGUAAGCUGGGAGCUUGUAUGGCGCUGUAAAGUAUCAGCUUCUACCAAUGGCCCCCAAGAGCAAGAACCUUUAUUUCAUGAUUACUGAAACGCCUGCCUCGCAUGGAAGUAUCAGAGCAGGCCAGAUUUGUUACAUAAAUGAGGAUCGAUAUUCACAACCAAAGAGGCUGAAGAGGGACACCUUACCUGUGAUACUUAUAGGUUCUACAUUGGAUCGUGACCUGCCAUUUGAAGUGCUAGAGCCACUGACACAACAACAGGCAGAGUUUCUGCUGGCUCUUGAUACACACAAAGAGAGACUGGAGGAAUUUACACAGUCAAAGAAUUUAGGCCAGGCAGAGGUCUUGGUUAAAGGUUCUGAAGUCAGAGUGGAGUAUAACGGAGAGUGGCUCAAAGGAGUUGUUAGAUACAUUGGCAGGCUCAGAGAACCUAUAAUAGAUCCCAUAGGAGGUGUAUUUUUCGGAGUUGAGCUACAGGGAGAAGACAAGGGGCGAGGUCGGAAUGAUGGAACAUACCAGUUCAAAACCUAUUUUACAUGUCAGAAGAAUUGUGGUAUUUUUGCCCCCUUUAACAGAAUCAAUCCAGUACAUACCAAACCAUCAGGCUUUUCUCAUGCAACUCAGUCUGGCCUACCUGAGAGCGCAGAGAAGUUCUCUGUUGGAGAUCGUGUAGUUUAUUUUAUUGGUAGUGAACGUCGCCAUGGCAUGGUUGUGGAGCUAGAUGAGGAAAAAAGCAUGGUUCUCAUCUCAACAGAAAGGGAUGAAAAUGGGAGGGACGGAGGGGAGACAAUAGUCUCCUUGAAGUAUGUUUUUAAAGAGGACGAUUUAAACAAAGAUGAAACAGAAAAAAUGGACACUUCAGAAAGUCCAGAAAUAGUCAAGUCUUUGGGUGGUAAUGCCGACAUAAGCAUGAAUUCCAUGGUGGAGGUGGAUCUGGGCAAAGGACCCGCCUAUGGAACUGUCCGCUGGAUAGGCCAUCUCCCGGGAAAGCCUGAACUCAUGGCUGGGCUGGAACUGGAAGAGGAUUGUGGGGUAAAUGAUGGUACAUUCAAAAAUCAUCGCUUUUUCACAUGUCCACCAAAACGUGGCCUGUUUGUGAAGAUCACCUCUUGCCGGCCUGAUGCCCGUUUUCUGGGUGACAAGGCAUCAAAUGGACAUUUUGAUCAUGAUGGGCUGGGUGGAUCAGCUAUGCAGGACAGUGUUCCACCUGUUAGAUCUGAGGAUGUGCUAAAGGUUCUGACUGGAAGGAUGAAGGGUAUCCAGGGUCACUGUAACUCCUGCUACAUGGACUCUGCCCUUUUCAGUCUGUUUUCCUGUUCAUCAGUACUGGAUUCUUUGCUAUUUAAAGGCACUAAGCAGAAUGAAGAAUCCAUCCAGAGAACUCUUCGGAGGGACAUUGUGUGUCCUCUGCGCAGCGAGGGCUUUGUAGCUAACCACAGCGUGAUGAAGCUUCGCCAGCAGUUGCAGGACCGAGGCCACUCUCCUAGCUACACCACAGAUGAGAAAGAUCCAGAAGAGUUUCUUACUCUCAUCAUGCAAGACAUUCUGUCACUAGAGCCGCCCCUCAAACUGCAGACAUUUGGAGGGAAGGUGGAAAGUAGUUACUUUUACCAAAUCUUUGUGGAUUAUAACACCUCUCUGGUUUUACCAACGGUUCAGCAGCUUCUGGAGCAUUCUUUCUACAACAGUGGCCUCAGACUGGCAGAGGUGCCCUCUUGCCUGAUCCUCACCAUGCCUCGCUCUGGGAAGAAGUUUAAAAUGUUUUCAAAAAUCAUUCCCUCACUAGAGCUGGACAUCACUGCUCUUCUGUCUAAUGGUCCUCAGCAGUGUGUGCUCUGUGGGCAGCUGGCAAAUGUGGAGUGCACUGAAUGCUUUGGAGAUCCAGUUUUUAGCAAUACAGGAUUCAAACUUUUCUGUGACACAUGCUCAGCUCAGGUCCAUUUGCACCCCUGCCGGCAGUCCCAUAAGCCCACUGCCCUGGGCCUCCCUGAAGGAUUUUUUCACCGAAGGGGUUCUGAUGGUCCAGCUCACGUCCCACGAGAAAAACUGGAGCUGUUCGCUGUGCUGUGCAUAGAGACCAGCCACUAUGUUUCCUUCAUCAAACACGGACCAAAAGCAGCUGACUGGAUCUUCUUUGAUAGCAUGGCUGAUCGAAUGGGUGACCAAGAUGGCUACAAUGUCCCGCAGGUUAAGGAGUGCCCAGAAGUGGUGCGCUACCUCACUAUGCCUCUUACUGAGCUGGCCGCGCAGGUGCCUCGAGAGAUGGAAGGUGUGGCAAAGCGGCUUUUCUGCGAUGGCUACAUGUACAUGUACCAGAGCCCCAGCAUGGCACUCUAUCGCUGAUAUAUUCAUGAAAUAUUUAUACUCAAGUCAUAUAAAAGAGUGGUUCUCAAUUCUGGACAUAGAAUACCUCUGCCUAGCAUGUUAUAGUUUCCCCUGGUCUCAACACACCUGAUGCAUCUAAUGAACUACUUUACAAGCAUGUCUGGUUACCAGAGCAGAGCGAACACUACAACAUGCAGGCUAUUGAUAUUCCAGAACCCAGACUGAGAACCACUCCCAUACAGCAUUGCUGUCCUAGAUUGUACAUCAGGGUAUAGUUGGAAAUGCACUUUGUAUACUUGAUGACCACCUGAUACUCUGAUACUGCCUUGAAUCUGUCUUUGUAAAUAACUUACAAAAAUAGGGCAAAUCUUUUAUUGUUCAGUUAGAACUUUUACCAUGCUUUUUAACCAUCACGAUCCUUAUUUCCGGUAGAUGUAAUUACUGAAUCAGAUGGAGAUGCAUUCUCCAAGGAAAGGAGGAAAGACUGUUUAAAAACAAAAAGUUAAUCUUUUUUUAAUUAUCAGAUCAAAUAAUUCCAGAGAUGCUUUGCUGCCUUAUUUCUUCAAUAUGUGAAGCCAAGUGAAGCUCCACAGCCUCUACUCUAUUGUGAGGACUUUACUCUAGAUGUUGGAGCGUUGGUGUGAGGAUUUGAUUACAUUCAUCCGCAAAAGCAUUAGGGAGAUCAGAAGCUGAUGUUGUUUGCAUCACAAGUGCCACUCCAAUUCAUGGUGAUGUUGCUCCGUCACUCCAGAGAACGCAGUUUCACUGCUCUACAGCAAACCAUACAGAAUCUAGACAUUAAUUAUGCCCUUGUGAUUAUGGGGUUCACUAAGUCUAGACAGUUAUUUUGAACCAAGAUGACAACCUGCGGUAUGAAGUGGUGCAAUCGGGAUACAAAUUGCAGAUACUUUACUUUGCUAUACUUUGGUUAGCAAGUUCUUGUGGAGUAAAUAUAGUUCUGUCUGGAUAGUACUGAUAUAGGGUCUUUCGUAUGGUAAGUUCUUGGUGGAAGCGAGGAUAUAUUUAAUAGUGGGUGUUCUGACAGAAUGAGUCGGGCGGGAACAUGGACUUUGAUUACUUUGAUUUGAUUACUGAUUACUUUGUGCUUGCAGUACAAUCAGAUGACAUCUCAGGGAAAUUGAUUUCAUGGAUAAUGUUAAAAAGUAAUAAAAAAAAAUGCUGUAAUCAAAUAUUGUUAUAUUUUCCCCCUCCUCUCUUUGAAUAUGUGUGUGUUUGUGUGUGUGAGAGAGGGAGGCAGACAGAUCUGAACCACUUCAAACCAUUUUUCUUAGGUCUGGAGGAACUGUCAUAUGUUUAUAUUAUUCUCUACCCAUCCCUUUCUUAUAUGCUUACCUUUUUCCAUUAAACAGUCUUACACUCAUUA